CUUCUGAUCGUUUACUACAAGUUUUGUCCAUUCUAAGCUACUACACAACUGAUAAUACAAACAUGCCUCCAUCCGGCAAUUUCUUUAGCAUCAUCGCCGGUGUUGGUGCAGGUACUGGCCACUCCGUCGCCCUCAAGUUUGCCUCUAGCUACCCCGUCGUGCUUCUAGCCCGUAAUCCCGCCAAUUAUGAGCCUACCAUAAAAGCUAUCACCUCAUCCGGUGGACAAGCAAUCGGAAUCAGCACCGAUGUCUCUGACCCCUCUUCCGUAUCCAAUGCAUUCGAAGAAAUCAAGAAGCAAUACGGUUCUAAGAAAUUGGCAGCUGCGGUCUACAACGUAGGGGGCAAGUUUGUGAGGAAGCCAUUUUUGGAGUUGACCUUGGAGGAUUACGAGGCGGGGUAUGAAAGCAAUGGAAAGGGAUUCUACCUAUUUGCACAAAAAGCCUUACCACUCCUUCUGGAUUCCGUGGCUGACUCUCCACAUCCACCCUCCCUGAUCGUUACAGGAGCUACGGCAUCAUUAAGAGGUGGUGCUCUAAUGUCAUCAUUCGCGAGUGGAAAAUUUGCUCUGAGAGCAACCACUCAGAGUUUAGCCAGAGAGUUUGGUCCUAAAGGAAUACAUGUUGCGCAUGCGAUCAUUGACGGUGUGAUUGAUAUUCCUAGAACUAAGGAAUGGCAAGCGAACGGAGGGGUUGAGGAUGGAAAGAUCAAGGCCGAUGCUAUUGCGGAUGCAUAUUGGUAUUUGCACACACAACACAGAUCACACUUCACCCAGGAAUUGGAUGUCAGACCAUAUGUUGAGAAGUUUUGAUUUUGAAUGAAGUAUAUUUCGGUAGUCUAUUAAAUCGCAUCGGACAAUUCUAGCGUAGAGAUCGUCAAUUGCCGUCGAUAAGACGAGUAGAUAUCAUAAUUAUAGAACAAUCAUGUCCCUUGCCAUCAAACUCUCGUUCUUCAGAGAUUUUAGUGAAAUCUAGAGGAAAGUCUGCAGGCAAGAAAGUUAACUUCAUAAGGAAAACUUUGGAUUUCCUCUCCGCUCGUCGUUUA